AUGGCGGACGAUCCCAGCGCUGCCGACCGCAACGUGGAGAUCUGGAAGAUCAAGAAGCUCAUCAAGAGCUUGGAAGCGGCUCGCGGCAAUGGUACCAGCAUGAUCUCGUUGAUCAUUCCCCCCAAAGACCAGAUCUCACGAGUGGCAAAAAUGUUAGCGGACGAGUUUGGCACAGCCUCCAACAUUAAAUCCCGGGUGAAUCGCCUUUCAGUACUGGGAGCCAUCACAUCUGUACAGCAAAGACUGAAACUCUAUAACAAAGUACCUCCAAAUGGUCUGGUUGUUUACUGUGGAACAAUUGUGACAGAAGAAGGAAAGGAGAAGAAAGUCAACAUUGACUUUGAACCUUUCAAACCAAUCAAUACGUCGUUGUAUUUGUGUGACAACAAAUUCCACACGGAGGCUCUCACGGCGCUGCUUUCCGACGACAGCAAGUUUGGCUUUAUAGUAAUAGAUGGUAGUGGUGCACUCUUUGGAACCCUUCAAGGAAACACACGAGAAGUCCUGCACAAAUUCACUGUGGAUCUUCCAAAGAAGCAUGGUAGAGGAGGCCAGUCUGCCUUGCGCUUCGCCCGCCUGAGGAUGGAGAAGCGACACAACUACGUGAGGAAGGUAGCGGAGACGGCCGUGCAGCUCUUCAUUUCUGGAGACAAGGUCAACGUGGCUGGGCUCGUCUUAGCUGGAUCAGCUGACUUCAAAACUGAACUAAGUCAAUCUGACAUGUUUGAUCAGCGGUUGCAAUCCAAAGUGCUCAAACUAGUUGACAUUUCAUAUGGAGGAGAAAAUGGAUUCAAUCAAGCAAUUGAACUGUCAACUGAGGUCCUCUCCAAUGUGAAAUUCAUUCAAGAGAAGAAACUAAUAGGACGAUACUUCGACGAGAUCAGUCAGGACACGGGGAAGUACUGCUUUGGUGUUGAAGAUACACUAAAAGCUUUGGAAAUGGGAGCAGUAGAGAUCCUGAUAGUCUAUGAAAACCUGGAUAUCAUGAGAUACGUUCUGCACUGCCAAGGCACAGAGGAGGAGAAGAUCCUGUAUUUGACACCAGAGCAAGAGAAGGAUAAAUCCCACUUCACAGAUAAAGAGACUGGCCAGGAACACGAACUGAUAGAAAGUAUGCCCCUUCUGGAGUGGUUUGCAAACAACUACAAGAAAUUUGGAGCAACAUUGGAAAUUGUUACAGACAAAUCACAGGAAGGAUCCCAAUUCGUGAAAGGAUUUGGAGGAAUUGGAGGUAUCUUGCGGUACCGAGUGGACUUCCAGGGCAUGGAAUACCAAGGAGGAGACGAUGAAUUUUUUGACCUUGAUGACUACUAGGUAGUCGACCUGGGUCCGGCAAAACGUGCCUCGCCCCUCCAGCAUCCAACCCAAGGAGCAAACUCACGGUGGAAAACACAACAGAUCCCUGCCUUAGA